CAGUGAGAGGAUCAACAUGAGAGCAAGAGAUAAAAGUAAAUCGUCGAGGAAGAAUGACACGCUGGAGGAGUAAAAAAAAAAGAAAAGAAGACAAAAGAAAAGUGCGGCGUAAAUGGAUUUUCCUGAAGCCACUGUUUCUGCAGUUGCUUUCACGCCUCCACUGCCCUCAUAUACUGAAGCUAUUCAGAGUCCACAAUCUUUAACACCACCUCCUACUUAUGGGGAAGCAGUGGGUGUCCCGCCUCUGCAGUUGAACAACACCAUGUCUCCUUAUCCUAUCCUCAGCAUUCCCACAGAGGUCACGCCCGUACAUCAAACACAGCAAGUGUUUGCUCAGCCUUCACCCCAUCAGGUAAAUCCACCGCAGCUGUUGGGUGGAAGACUGGGUGAUGCUCCCACUGUGAUUAUUUGCCCGCACUGCCAUCACCAAAUUACCACCAGUGUGCUUUAUAAACCCGGAUGUGCAGCAUGGGGCAUGUGCUGUCUGCUUACACUUCUGGGGCUCAUCUGUGGAUGCUGCUUGAUUCCCUGCUGCAUUCAAGCAUUCCAGGAUGUUCAUCAUUCAUGUCCUGACUGUAAAAGAUUCUUAGGGACAUAUGUUCGCUAACACACACACACACACACACACACACACACACACACAUGACUAUAAUAUAAAUAAUAUAUAUAUAUAUAUAUUAUAAACUAUAAUAUAUAAAUAUUUUGGAUCAUGGUAUGAUCUGUAUGAACACUAAAUUGAUAAAUGUGACGCGCUCAUGCAUUCUGAGUGGAUGUAGACAGCAGAAGCGUUUGAUGAAUUAAUAGGCGCAGAAACUAAAAUGAAUCUAAUCAAUACCCAGAAUAUGAAUUCUUGUAUAUUAUUAAAUAAUGAGCCUCGGUUGGAUUUGGGUAUUUACAGAGUGAUGGACCGAGGUGAACUUACUGUAUUAAUAACACACUUCUCACACUGCAUUGUGACUUCUGUCUGAAGCAUCUGCUAUAUAAAGCUCACUCGUUUUACUCCAGCCUGUACAUUUCUUUACUGUAGAUGUCACUUCCUGUAUAGAUUUCAUUGUGUUUCUGCAGUAAAUGGUGUUUUUUGUAUAUGAAACAUGAAUGUGUGCAGUUUUUAUUGUACAGUGUCUAGGCUGUAAUGGUGCAAGUCUUGAUUACUCACUAACUCACUGCUUCUACACUACAUACCCUGAAAAUGACCCAAAAUGACUUUACAGGACGAGUACAGGAAAAUACCUUUUAACAUGACCUCAACAUGCAAUAUCACAGAAAAUAAAGAAAGAAUUUCAUUAGAUUAAAUAUUAAAUAUUACAUGAAAUUGUCUCUGUCACUAUAAGCAAGUGUUUACUUCCAUGACUAUGCAGUAGCUUACCAGGAUU